AUGAUCUCAACAUUAAAAGGGAUACCAAAAAAUAUGACAAUUUAUGAAUUAAUAAAUAUACGUAAAAUGAUACCAAAUAUUGUGAAAAAUUGGAUUAAUUUAUUAAAUAAUGAACAAUUUUUAUAUGAUUAUAAAUAUGGUAAAAUAUCUAAUGAUAUUUAUAAUGAUUUACAUAAAUCAAUUAGAUUUCUUCGGAUAGUUCCAUGUGAAAUCAAUACAAUGAAACAAUUAAAAUAUUGUUUUAUAUUUCAUCCAUCAUCUAUUCUAUUAAAAAAUAAAAUACAUUUAGCUACUAUAUCAACUUAUAUUCAUUCAUGGAUUAAUCCAAAUCAAUUAAAAUUACAUGUUUUUCUUAUGAAUUCAAAAAGUGAAAUAUAUGAACAUUUUUAUAUUAAUUUAAAUAAUAAAACAAUUCAAAAUGAUUUAAAAUAUUCUAAUAUAAAAUUAAAAUAUCGUCAAGUUAUAUGGGAUAUAAGUAGUAUGAUAAAAAAUUUACAAUAUUCUAAAUAUCAUUUAAUUCAUUCAAUAAUAAUGACAUUAGUUACUAAUAAUCAUGAUGAUGAUAAUGAUCAAAGUAAUAAAAAUGUCGAUGAUAUUCAUUUAAAUUAUAUUGAUUUAUCUAAUCAAUUAUUAUCAAAACCUUUUAGUACAUCAACGAUGAUUAUUGAAGAUGUACCAAUGGAAAAUCAAGAUGAAUUAAAACAAAUACUUUCAAAUGAACAUUUCAAUGAAGAUAAUGAUCAUGACCUUGAGUUUACAAAUAAUGAUAAUAAUAAUAAUAAUAAUGAUAACAAUAAUAAUAAUAAUAAUAAUAAUAAUAAUAAUAAUGAUUUCAAUGAAAAAUUUGAAAAUAUUUUUAUGAAAAAAAAUUUAUUAAAAAUCAAUAAAAAUAAUAAUAAUAAUCAUCAUCAUAAUAUAAUCGAUAAUAUAUUAAGUUAUAAUACACAAAUUAUAUUAAAUAUGAAAACAUUAAAUAUUUUAAAAUUAGAAAAUCAAUAUUUCAUAAAAAAACGUUUAAUACAUCGAUCAUUUUUAAUUGAAUCAAAUAAAUUAAUAAAUCAUUAUAAUAUUCAAUCAUGUCCAAGUUUUUUAGAUCAUAAUAAACGUGAAACAAAAUGUUGUCUAUUUCGUUAUACAUUAAAUAAAAUGCAAAUGGAUCAAAAUGAUAAAUUAAGAUUUAUUAUAUUUCCACAUCAUUUACCAAUAAAUAUGUGUCAUGGUAGAUGUAUUGGACUUUACAUGCCGACAGAUAAUGCUCACAGUAUUCUAAUGAAUCGUUAUUUCUCUGGACUGGGUUCUGUGGAACGAGAAGCUAUCUAUAAUUCAAUGCCAUGCUGUGCUGCCAAUGAAACCAUACCAUUCACAAUACUUUAUAAAGAUCAUAAAGAUCAACUGGUCACGGAAACUUUGCCUAAGGCUGUAAAAACAAAUUGUGCAUGCAGUUGA